GGACGAUGCGGCGAUGCUGACUACUGCCCUCUCUUUUGCUGAAGCCCAAACCCAAGCCACCAAAAUUCCCUAGUCCCCAGCUCCACCCACGCCUUUCUACCGCUGUGCUCUUCACCAAAUUUCUCCAGUGCUCUUCAACUGGAUUUCCUGCUUCCCAGUCUAACUUGCACCCAGGUCUCUCCGAGGCAUUUGAACACAGACACCUAGCAGGAAGAGAGAGGCAAAGAAAAUGGGAAGUAGGUUAGGAAGAAGAGUGGUACACUUUGCCAAUAUGCCCAUCAAGCUUCUCAUGCCAUCUUCUUUCGACAACAUCACCGAAAUUGCACUCAAAACCAUUCCUUCUGCUUCCAAGAUUGAAAUCAAGAGGGUUUUAGAGUCGCUGUAUGGUUUUGAAGUUGAGAAGGUCAGAACCCUAAACAUGGAAGGCAAGAAGAAGAAACGUGGAGGGCUAUUACUUGCUAAGCCCGACUACAAGAAAGCUUAUGUAACCUUGAAGAACCCCUUGUCCAUAUCCCCGGACUGUUACCCUAUCCGUGUAAUUGAAGAGGAGAAGCAGAGGAUGAACAGGCAGUCGAAGCAGAGCAUUGUCGAGGAAGGCCAGGCAAUGAAGUCUCAUUGGCUCGAUGGCAAGCAUGGUGAUCGCUUCAAGCCUGAGACGGGUGCCAGUAAGAGGAGCAGUGGUCGUCGCAGUGAUCGUGAAACUGCUGCAGCGGUGAAAUUCCCGUGGAGCAGCAUGCCGUCUUCUAGAAUCACUCCCGGAGCCCUGUAGCUGAGCCACUGGAAGAGACUUCGUCAUGGUGAAAUCUAGUGCUGCAGAGGCGUCUCCUGUUGGGGGUGAUUAAUUCGAAGGAAGGAACAUGAAGCAGGGGAGUGGGAAGAGCACAUAGUCGUCGUCUAAAGAAAUUAAAUGUGGGGAGGUGAAUUUGUGGCUGGAAUGGAAGGUACGUAGUGUUUAAAUUAAAUGGGUAGAUGGAUUGCUUGCUUCAUUCCUUGUCAAUAUGCUAUCUGUCAACAAAAAAUUUGAUGGUUGCUUGGGGACAGCAGGUGAAGUUUCAAUGAAUGAGAGAGACAAAGAGUGAUCAGAGAAAGGGAAUGUUGGGUACCAUGAGUCCAUUCCAAUUUUGAACCCCUUGAAGAUGGAUUUGACCUGUAGACAAGGAAUUGUGUGGCUGACAUAUCAAGGGUAUUAAAAAGAUUGGCUUAUGGGUGUGUUCAUUUUCAUUGAAGCCCAAACUGCUAUCAUAUUCAGAAUGCAUGCAUUUGCAUUUUACCGUUGUUUUAGAACUUAGUGUGUGCAUGCAAAAUCCAUGUCACCCAGGCUGCCCAGCAAGAGGCUUUACUCUUUUUGCAGCUCCUCCUGCUUAAACUUCUUGUUAUUUUCAUUGAAUCAAUGCUAGAGAGCUGAGAAAUUCUUCAUA